AUGAUUUCUAAUCGGAGCGCAAUAUUUGGAACGACAACGUUGUUUGUCAUUAUCUGUUUGCUUGUUCUCCGAGACACAUCACGUCUCGACAACAGUCUUUCUUCCAGUCCCGAUGCCUCUAUCAAGAUUCACACUGCUCAAGAAGGUCAUCCCACGUUGUCGGGCUUCACAAGCGCAUUUUUCAAGGACUACAAUACAAGGAAGCUAAAGGGCAACGCUCGCAUCUACAAUGAGACGCUUGGGUUCGAGAAGAUCUUUGUUGUAUCCUUGCCCGAGCGGAGCGAUAAAAGAGAUGCCUUUUCGUUACAGGCAAGAUUGUCGAAUUUAGACUUCGUGAUGGUCGACGGAGUCAAUGGCGCGGAGGUGUCUGCGAAAGCUCUUCCAUAUACCAUGAACCUUAAAGCUGGCCAGGUCGGUUGUUGGCGAGCAGAGAUGAAUAUCAUACAAGAGAUGGUUGCAAGCAAUAUACAAUCCGCCAUGAUUUUUGAGGACGAUGCUGAUUGGGACGUUGGUCUACGUGCUCAAAUGGCCGAGCUGGCCAGAGGUGCGCGUUGGUUAAGCGGCAAAGAGACGGAAGACGGUCAUCCUCGAUCACCAUAUGGUGAUGACUGGGACCUUCUCUGGGUGGGACAUUGUUCGACCAGACCUCGGAGUGGUGACAACCGCAGAUGGGUCAUACCAAAGGAUCCCACGGUAACUCCUCCAGAUCACCGCCGAGAGUUCGAAAAGCCGUCAAUGGAGAAGUGGGAGACUGGACCGAAUGCCGACAAUCAGACCCGUCUUGUUUUCGUGCCAGAAUGGGGCUCUUGUACUGCCGCCUACGCUCUGUCGCUUCGCGGUGCGCAGAAGAUGCUUUACAGACAAAGUUUGAUGCCCUUCAACAAUCCUAUCGACGAUGGUAUGGGCCACAUGUGUGGUGGUGGUGUUGCCGAAGGUAUACCAUUCAAUUGCAUCGCUCCUUUUCCAGCAAUUGUUGGAGUAUCACGACCUGCCGGGGGCGCGAAUCGAGCAAGCGAUAUUGAAGAUCGCCCGCAAGAUGAUAACGUUGAUAUAUCGUCUCAUUCUGAAGGACUGGUCUUCCCUGUCAGACAAAACAUCGAUCGACUACUUCGACAGGAGAUGGAGUUUGUCAGUGAAUUUCCUGAUGUUACAGGAGCAAAGCUGCAUCUCGCCAACAUCACAAGCGCUAGAGGUCAUGGUGAGUAUCUUGACUAG